GUGCUAAUAUUAAAGCUGAAAUAUUUUGUAUACAUCUACAGGUCAUGUUUUGUUGACAGCUAGCUGCUGCGAAGUCUUGUGACACAUUGACUACUUACCCCUGUCAUACUGUAGUGGAAAAGGCCACUUAUCGUCAUUCUAAGUCUCAUGUCGUGACGGGUGCAGUUCGGUUACAGGCAUGGAAGACACCGGCGUCGAUGGUGACGGUGUCUAGUAAACGCCGCUGCACGCGGAGAAUAAAUACUUUUUGCCAUGCUCCUUGAUCAACACCCGGAGACAACCUGUCGGCGUUCAGUUCUGCCUUCUGCGGUACCCACUCUUCCCUUCCUGUCGAUUCUGUCAGACUCGAACCCAAAGCUACGGCCAUGGGUUCCACGAAGGAUCCCAUCGACAAGCUGAGCUAUGUUGCCAACGAAGCGCACUUGGUCUCUCACAAGGGCUCAUCGUCAGUAUCACGAACAACAUCGGAUCCGACUGCAGAGUCUCUCAGCGUCAGUCCCGAGUUCGAGAAGAAGCUUAUGCGAAAGAUCGACUUCUGGCUCGUUGGCUUCUACUCACUCGUCUACAUCUUCCGCGUCAUCGACAGCGCCAACUACUCCAAUGCUGCUAUCAUCAAUCUCGAGGCUGGAACUGGCAUCAAGAAACAGCUGGGCUUCACACCCUCGCAGUGGGCGUGGACGUUGUCAAUCUUCUCAUACAGCUACCUGAUCUUCGAACCUACUAACACGAUACUGCUCAAGCUCUUCACGCCUUCGAGAUGGAUGUUCGUCUUGAUCAUGGCCUGGGGUGUCUCAGCUUGCUGUUCGGCGGCAGCAAUGAACUUCUCAGGCAUGAUGUGCGUGCGCUUUGCGAUCGGCGCUGCAGAGGCGGGUUUCUUCCCGAGCGUGCUGUACCAUUAUGCGUUCUGGUACAAGCCUUCUGAGAUGCCACAACGCAUUGCAUUCUUCUAUUCAGUCGGUCAGGUUUCGAGCGCAUUGUCUGGUCUGUUGGCGUACGCGAUCUCGCACAUGGACCAGCUUGGAGGCCUAUCGGGCUGGAGAUGGCUCUUUCUCUUGGAAGGGCUGCCAGCCAUCAUCCUUGCGUUCGUCGCCCUUUGGGUGCCAAACUACCCGGAGACAGCCAAGUUUUUGACCGAAGAAGAGCGGUCAUACCUAAAGAACAGGCUAUCCAGCAGUGCACCGAAAGACGAGAAACACUGGGAUUGGGGGUCGCUGAAGGCCAUGACAAAAGACCCAACCCUGUACAGCUUCAGCUUGUACUGGAUCUGCCACGGUAUUGGAGGCUUUGGAGUCGGCUUUGCGUUGCCGACUGUUGUGUACCAGCUUGGAUUCACCACAACAGCUUACUCACAGCUUAUGAACAUACCACCCUAUGUCUCAGCAUUCUUGUUGCUGAACACCUUGGGCUUCAUGCUGCAAAGAAAGUGGAUCAGGCCUUGGGUCACCGCCGUUGGAAUUGAAACAACCAUCAUAGUGUGCUACAUUAUCCUUCUGACUGUUGACAACCCAGUGGUACGCUACCUCUGUCUGAUCGUCGCCGUCGCCUGCGCUGGGUGUGCGUAUCCAGUCAUCUGGUCUGAGCGCAUCAGGGCUCUGGAGGGUACAGUGGCAUCGGGUAUCGGCAUCGGUCUGACGAAUGCCUGCGCCCAGUUCAGGUACGUCCAUGCUGUCUACUCGGUGUACGUCUGCUGAUAUUUUGUGCAGUGGCAUCGUAGGACCUCACGUGUUCAGCACAGUCUUCGGCCCAAGAUACCGCACGUCAUAUGGCAUCAAUCUUUCGGUCCUUGUGGUUGGUAUCUGCGCAAUCCUAACAAGCUGGUUGCUUGUCGUCAGAAAAGACCGAAGACGGGCGGAGUCAACGAAGGAGGGCUGAGCGAUGGACAUCGGAGAGCACGGCCAAUGUGCGACUAUUUUCUUCGCACAAGGCUGCGAGCCCCGCCUCACCUAUCGACGUGGCGAAUAGCAAGAGCAAGGCUUUGAUUUGAUCGCCAUAGCACUCCCAAAC